UUGAUUGCGUUCAAACUUUACUUGUUCAUUGUGUUCACCAAUCAUUGUGGCAGUGAUUGAGAGAAAGUGAGAGGGGCUCUCAUACUUAGGUUGGGAUUCUAAGUAGAAAUACACUGGGUAGAUUAGGAAGUGAACUAUGAACUGAGUCGUUCAUGAGUGUCUGUAAUUCCUGAAUCUUGAGAUAGUGGAUUUCCUUUCUUUGGGUGCAAACCCUCCAGACGUAGGUGAAAGUUUUCACUGAACUGGGUGAACAACUUCUGAGUGUUAUUGUUUUGUUGUUAAGUUCUGUUUUAUUGUUAAGCGAUUGUCGAACCUCUUGUCUUAGCAUCGUGCAGGACAAUCGUAUCAGAGGGAACCUGAAUAUCAUUAAGGAUACUAAGCCCGUAGGUGAAGACAAGUGGAUGAUGAUACCAAAUAUGGCCUACCUUAUUUCCACAACAUAUAAGUUCAUAGUGUUGACUAUUGCUAAUACCGGAUGCAACACUUUUUAUCCGUUAAAGGGAAAGGCGGACCUAGUGGAAGAACACAAAUUCAUGCCGAUUGUGCUUGUCAAUAAAGAUCAUUUCGUUGGGGUUACUCUUCGUGAAGGCCAUCCAAUGCCGACCACAGCUCACUUGUGGGCAUACAACUGUCACCCGGAUGCAAGAAAAUGGGAAGAGCCUUACAAAGAGCGCAUUGAAGAAUACGCGGCUUAUCUGAAACAAAAAAAUGGAGGAUGUAGUGAUGAUAUUAUUGACCUUAGUGAUGAUUAAUUAUGUUGGAUCAUUAAGUUGUUUUGUAACGAAUUGCUUGUAAUUUAUAUGCGUGUAACAGAUGAUUACUUUGAACUUUAUAAAUGUCUCCUUAAAAAGCUUGUGAUGCCUCUGGAUUGUUAUAACUGUCAGGAAAUCAGUCUGUGCAUGCCUCUGUUAUAACUGUCAUUAAUUUUCAUCCUGUCCGCACUUAUAACUGCGGUAGGUCAUGACGCAUCUGUAAGAGGUACUGUAAGCCUCAUUAA